AUGUCCCGCUCCACCACUUCGCUGCUCCUGCUCGGUGCGGCGCUGGCCGCGCUGCUUGCAGCCGCAGCUGCUGCCGAUUGCGCCACCGGCAUCUCCCUCCCGGGAUGCCAGACCUGUGUGAAGCUGACGGAGGCUGAGCUUGCCGCAAGGAAGGACGCCUGGAACGCCAAGAAGGCUGCCUGGGAGGCCAAGAAGGCCGCGAGUGGCCAGCCUCUCGCCUCGCCGUCUGUCAAGAAGUGGGAGGGCAAGAAGACCGGUCCUCGGUGGGAGGCCAUGCAGUACAAGUGCACGGCCUGCGUUGAUACAAAGGCGUACCAGCUCCAGAAGGAUCGUUGCGUGUGCACGCCUGGGUAUGGCAUUGACUUUCCGGUGAAGCAGGCCGACGGCACUCGGUCCAAGCCCAGCCUCGAGUGCAAGCCCUGCGCCGACGGCACCGCCAGCGGCCCCGAUGCGCCCAAGCCCCCCAGGCGUGACUGGACGACGAAGAACGCCGCUCCCUCCGGCACCACCGGCACCGCCGGCCGUCACCUUCUUGGCAAGGGUGGCCACCACUCCAUCUGCGUCAAGUGCCCCAACGGCAGCAACGCCGACCACACCAAGUGCCUGUGA